ACCAAAACUCAAAAUCUACCAGAGAAAAAUCCCAUAACCAAACACCCUCUUCUUCUUGUUCUACUUCUCCUCCUCUUUCUCUCUUCCUGCAACGAUAAUGGAGACCAAGCUUGAUAAUCAAGAAGACUUCAUUUUCCGAUCCAAGCUUCCAGAUAUCUAUAUCCCAAACCACCUGCCUCUCCACACUUAUUGCUUUGAAAACAUUUCUCAGUUUAAAGACAAUCCCUGCUUAAUCAAUGGCGCCACCGGCGAAAUCUACACUUAUGCAGACGUUGAACUCACAUCACGUAAAGUCGCCGCAGGUCUCGACAAGUUAGGUAUCCAACAGGGAGAUGUUAUAAUGCUUUUACUCCAAAACUCGCCGGAAUUUGUUUUCGCAUUUCUCGGCGCUUCCUUUCGCGGCGCCAUUAGUACAACCGCAAAUCCAUUUUACACUCCAGCGGAGAUAAAGAAGCAAUUGACGGCAUCAAAGGCGCAAUUGGUGAUAACACAAGCUGUUUAUGCAGAGAAAGUAAAACAAUUCGCUAAAGACAGUGAUAUCAAGGUAAUGACAAUAGAUUCCCCGCCGGAAGAUUGUUUACAUUUCUCAGAAUUAACAAGCUGCGAUGAAAACGAUAUUCCCACCGUUAAAAUUAACUCCGACGAUGUCGUGGCUCUUCCUUAUUCGUCAGGAACUACCGGCUUUCCUAAAGGCGUUAUGCUAACGCAUAAAGGAUUAGUCACUAGCGUAGCUCAACAAGUUGACGGAGAGAAUCCGAAUCUUUAUUUUCAUGAGAAAGACGUGAUUCUUUGUCUACUGCCAUUAUUCCAUAUUUACUCUCUUAAUUCAGUUUUGCUCUGCGGAUUAAGAGUUGGAGCUGCCAUUUUAAUCAUGCAAAAAUUUGAAAUUAAUUCAUUAAUGGAGCUUGUAACAAAAUAUAAGGUGACAAUAGCUCCGUUUGUGCCUCCGAUCGUCUUGGCCAUCGCAAAAAGUCCGGUUGUCGAUAAGUAUGACCUUUCGUCGAUCCGGACGGUGAUGUCCGGUGCAGCUCCGAUGGGGAAGGAGCUUGAGGAUGCUGUUAGAGCUAAGCUGCCUAAUGCUAAACUUGGACAGGGCUAUGGUAUGACAGAAGCAGGACCAGUGCUAUCGAUGUGCCUGGCAUUUGCAAAGGAGCCUUUCGAGAUAAAAUCCGGUGCUUGUGGAACCGUCGUCAGAAACGCCGAGAUGAAGAUCGUGGAUCCUGAUACCGGCAACUCGCUGCCUCGAAAUCAAGCCGGAGAGAUUUGCAUUAGGGGUAGCCAAAUCAUGAAAGGCUAUCUAAAUGACCCAGAGGCAACAGAGAGGACUAUAGACAAAGAUGGAUGGCUGCAUACAGGUGACGUUGGAUACAUUGAUGAUGAUGAUGAGCUAUUCAUCGUUGAUCGUUUAAAAGAAUUGAUCAAGUACAAAGGAUUCCAAGUGGCCCCCGCCGAACUAGAAGCAAUGUUGAUCGCCCAUCCUAACAUUUCUGAUGCUGCUGUCGUACCCAUGAAAGAUGAGGCUGCAGGAGAGAUUCCUGUUGCAUUUGUGGUUAGAUCAAACGGUUCCAAGAUCACAGAGGAUGAAAUUAAACAAUACAUUUCAAAACAGGUUAUAUUUUACAAGAGAAUCAGUAAGGUAUUUUUCACAGAUGCAAUUCCUAAAGCUCCCUCAGGCAAAAUUUUGAGAAAAGACCUUAGAGCAAGGCUUGCGGAUGGUCCUCCCAAUUAGUCCCCACUAUCUGAAUCUUUUGCCUAAUUGCCCUUCAAAAAGAGUAAUCUAAUUCUCAAGCCGUAACUCUUCCAAUGCAAAAAUGGAGAAGAGCUUUACCUUUAUUAUUUGUGUAUAUGAUAUUUCGAUAAAUUGUACUUUUAUGCAAGUGCGAUGUUUAUGUUCCGUUUAUUAAUUUCCUGUCCAGAAAAUGGAACUAUUAAUUUAAUCUAAACAAUACUACUAUUUUAAUCUUCA